UGGAGCUCCAGUUUGCCACUGCAGUUUGCCACGCCGUUGUGAAACGCGCAGGCCCGCAACAUGGCGGGCCAAUUCUAUGGAGCCGAGAAGUUCAAUCCGCGGCUGAUUACCACACAGAUUCUGGUGAUGCAGAGCAGCUUCUGGCUUUGUUUCUGCAGUUGCGUUUCCGUGGGCGAUCUUUUCUUCGGGGAAGAGCAAGGUGCAGGACAGCUCUUCCAACCGGAGGCUUAUACCUGGAGAACAACUCGAGGCUUGAUUCUAGCUUGCGCUCUAUGGCUGACUUCCUUUGUGAUGGCAGUAGAACUGCGCUUCGUGGUGCAACGAGCUAAGAAAUGCUUAGACUUUGUGGCAACUUAUCACAUCUUUCAUUUGAUGGCCACCUGCUUAGCAGAAGGAGCAAUCCGGGGCUAAUGCUGGAAAGGAGUUCUUAUUUGUUCAAUGGCAGAGAAUGCUUGAGAGUGACAGGUUUGCCGAAGACUUGAGAGCGAGAGAGAGAGAGAGAAACAAAAAGAGAGAGAAAAAAAAGAGAGGU